UACAUUUGGUUACCCUCUCUACUGAACUCCUCCGUGAUUGAGCAGUGGAACGCAAUCCGGAAGUGGAGUUUCGGGACUCGUAAUCGUGGAAAGUUUAUACUAUUCAGUCAUCUACUUUUCCGAAGGAUUAAAGCUUUUCCGGGUGGCUGUGAUCGUCAGGUUUUGUUUCACUGUUUCAUUCAUCUGCCCUGAUACGAUGGGGCUCCCUGCGCUGGAAUUCAGCGAUUCCUUUCUGGACAGCCCCGACUUCAGAGAGCGACUCAAAUGCCAUGAAAUUGAGCUGGAUCGUACAAAUAAAUUCAUAAAGGAACUCAUCAAAGAUGGCAAUAUGCUUAUUAGUGCGCUUAAAAAUCUUUCUGCAGCUGUGCAAAAAUUUUCCCAGUCCCUUCAAGAUUUCCAGUUCGAGUGUAUUGGCGAUGCAGAGACUGAUGAUGAGAUUAACAUUGCCCAGUCAUUCAAGGAAUUCUCCCAGCUGUUGAACACAGUGGAGGAGGAAAGACGGCGACUUAUACAGAAUGCUGAUGACGUCUUGAUCACACCACUCGAGAAGUUUCGUAAAGAGCAGAUUGGAGCCGCCAAAGAAGGAAAGAAGAAAUUUGACAAGGAGACCGAAAAGUAUUACACCGUUUUGGAGAAGCACUUAAGCCUGUCUUCUAGAAAGAAAGAGUCCCUUUUACAGGAGGCAGACGCCCAGAUAAAUAAAGAAAGACAGGUCUUCUAUGACGCCUCUCUUGAAUAUGUUUUCAAAAUCCAAGAAGUGCAAGAGAGAAAAAAAUUUGAAUUUGUUGAGCCGCUCCUGGCGUUCCUCCAGGGAUUGUUCACCUUUUACCAUGAGGGUUACGAGCUGGCACACGAGUUAGAGCCAUACAAGCAACAACUGCAAUUCAACCUGCAGAAUACGAGGAAUAAUUUUGAGAGCACAAGACAGGAAGUGGAGAAUCUGAUGAGAAGGAUAAGGUCUGCUGAGCAGGACUUUAAAGCCCCAGGACAGUGGACCAUGGAAGGCUUCCUCUAUGUGCAGGAGAAGCGACCCCUGGGGUGCACAUGGAGUCGACACUACUGCACAUAUGAGAAGGGGACCAAAAUGUUUACAAUGAGCAACUUAGAGUUCAAGACUGGAGGCAAACAGAAUGGACUGAUCAUGAGUCCCCCCGAAAUGUUUAAGCUGAAGUCCUGCAUUCGACGAAGAACAGAUUCCAUAGACAAGCGAUUCUGCUUUGAUAUUGAGGUGGUGGAAAGAGGUAACCCCUGUGAAGGGCUUCUGCUCAGUUAUCUCCAAUGUUUCUUUAAAGACCAUCGACAUGGCAUUAUCACACUGCAGGCUCUCUCUGAAUCCAACAGACGACUGUGGAUGGAGGCCAUGGAUGGAAAAGAACCGAUUUACACCCUUCCAGCCCUUCUGAGCAAGAAAGAGGAAACAUUCCUAAAUGAAGCAGGCUUUAAUUUUGUAAGGAAGUGUAUAGAGCUUGUAGAAGCAAGAGGCAUUAACACAAUGGGGCUGUACAGAAUAGGCGGAGUCAAUUCUAAAGUACAACGACUUAUGACCUCAGUUUUUGCAGCCAAAGUUCCUACAGAUAUGGACCUUGACCCAGACACCUGGGAUAACAAGACCAUCACCAGUGGCCUAAAGAAUUACCUCAGGUGUCUCGCAGAACCUCUCAUGACCUAUAGAUUCCACAAAGACUUCAUCAUGGCAGUCAAGUCUGAUGAUCAGAACUACAGAGUCUGUGCUGUUCAUGCGCUCGUCCACAAGCUGCCAGACAAGAACAGAGAGAUGCUGGAUAUUCUAAUCAAACACCUGCAUUUGGUUUCCACACACAGCCAGAAGAAUCUGAUGACCGUGUCUAACCUUGGUGUGAUUUUUGGCCCCACACUCAUGCGGUCACAGGAAGAGACAGUGGCUGCCAUGAUGAACAUCAAGUUUCAAAAUAUUGUUGUGGAGAUUCUCAUAGAAAACUAUGACAAGAUAUUUCACCAAGCUCCAGACCCUAAUGUCCCUCUGCCCUUGCCACAGCCACAGUCUCACUCUCAGUCUCAUUCUCGUACCAGCGCUCGCCGUAGCAAAGCUAUCUGCCUCUCCACUAGAUCCCGCAAGUCCAGAGGCCUGUACCCUCCCACACUGUGUCUAGCUGAUGCCGACAGUGACGCAUUUAGUAGCAGUCCUAGCAGCACUCCAAUGGGCAGUAUGGAGUCUCUCUCCUCACACUCUUCAGAACAGAACAGCUGUUCCAAGACCAGCUCCCCCUCGCAUUUCAAACACAAGGCAUCAGGAGGUCUGUGCUGGACCACUCACUCUCCUUCCUCUAAUGGGCCCAAAAGCUCAGCAUGCACCAUCAGCCCUGACUCCAGCUCCAAAGAGGAUGCCACCAAGACAGAUGGAGAAUGGGAAGAGGCAUUGAGUACGAGCCCAGGGGAUCGAGGGUCUCCAGAGCUUCUCCAGAAGCGACUGGAGGUUCAUGGUGAUGAACAGCGCAGCCUGUCCUCCUGUUCUUCUCUCACAUCACUGCAUAUCUCUGAAGGUUUCAGGAGCUGUCACGGUUCCAUUCAGAGUCUUGUAUCACGCAGUCAGAGAAACAGUCUGAAGUCCCUGCAUCUGCCUGACCUUCCUCCUAAAGAGACUGUGAGAUACAGACUUGAUUCCGCAGCCAGUAAUGGCUACCAGAGACCUGGAUCUGUGGUGGCCUCCCGGGCAGCAAUCUUUGAGACCCAUGUGAUUUCCCAGCCCACUACUUUGGGAAGAGACGCAAAAGCCUUGUAUUCCUGUAAAGCAGAGCACAGUCAUGAGCUCAGCUUCCCUCAGGGGGCACUCUUCUCCAACGUGUAUCCCUCUGUUGAACCCGGUUGGCUACAAGCAACAUAUGAUGGCAAGACUGGACUCAUCCCAGAAAAUUAUGUGGGGUUCCUCUGAUGGGGUUGAAAAAGGCAAAGUCCAUGGUAUCCAUGGUGAUCAUUUCUGCAAAAAGGGACCAUUUAUGUACAUUUAUGCCAAACUGUAUGUAAUAGUUUUUUUGCAUACUUACAUUAUAACUACAUCAUUAACCAUUACAUACGAUAAUGUUUAUUCAGGAUGUAGAUAUUACAAUUGUCUUAAAAGUUUUAAUAGAUUAUUGUCUUCUUGGUACAUGCAGUUGACUGUAAUAGCACACACAUAUCUUUAUUUAUAUAGAGUCCAUAAUGCUUACGGGCUGUGAUAUUUUAAAACUGUAAUUCAAGAAAUGAGCUUGCUCAUAACUCUGAUCAGUGCUGCGUUACGGUUCUGAAGGGGACUAUAGAUAUGGGUUAUACAGAGGGAGAAGUACACCUGUACCAUAAGCAUACAAAAUAAUUUCUGUCUGUGAAGAGCAUAAAAGUAAAUGAAAACCAAAUGCUAACGGCACUCCUGCAGAAGGUUUUAUUGCUAAUGAAACACUUAUGUGAUUAUUAGUGGUGUGUUUUAUUUACUUUUAAGUGGUACCAAAAGAUCAUGUUUGGUAGAUGCAGGUCAUCUGUAAUUUAGUCACUGUGUGGUGCCAUUGAGCAAGGACCUUUUAUUUCAACAGUAGUAACAGUGUUAUUGAGGAAAUCAUUUUCAUCUGUGCAACUGGUAUAAAACAUGGUGUCUCUAGAUUCUUGUCAUUUCAAAUAAGGACCUUUCAGUGUUCUUAACAUUAUUUUAACAAAAUAUCUUCACUUCUUUAAUUAUACUGUAACACUAUAAAGUAAGUUUCCAUUCGUUAACAUUAGUUAAUUCAUUAUGUAUCAUGAACUAACAAUGAUCAACAUUUUUUACAGCAUUUAUUAAUCUUUGUUAAUGUUAGUUAAUAAAAAUGCAAUUGUUCAUUGAUAGAUCAUGUUAGUUAGAGUGCAUUACCUAAUGUUAACAUAUAAGACUUGUGAUUUUAAAAAUGCAUUAUCAUAUGUUUAAAUUAAUUUUGACUAAGAUUAAUAAAUGCUGUAGAAUUUUUGUUCAUUUUUAGUUCAUGUUAACUACAUUUGUUGAGUAAUGUUAACAAAUGGAAACUUACUGUAAAGUGUUACCAUUAUACUAAUAUACUUAGACGUUUUUGAGGCAUUUGAUAAAUCAAUGUUAUGUUAACAAAAAGUGUCCAUUAGAUAGUUUAGUUUCUACUGAAUAUAUUUGUGUAAGUGUAAUAUAGUGCAUUUUAAAUGAAGUACAAUCAAGAAAAGAGAAAAUGCAUCUGACAGUGUUAAAUUUUGUUGUUGAGUGUGUCUCGGAUACAAUUUGUAAUAUUUUGUGCUGGCAAAAAAUGUAGUUGUUCAUGUAAUGGUUCAGCUGUAUUUUAAUUUACACUGGUUUAGCAUUUCAGCAUUUUUAAAUGAAAAAUAUUAUAUGCAGAUUAUAAUAAUGGUAUUAACAUCAUGCACAAAGUAAUUUAAUGUUUAAA